AUGUCCACCCCGCAGUAUGACAUGGUCCUCCUGGGCCCUACUGGCUACACUGGCCGAUUCUGUGCUGAGCACAUCGUCAAGAACCAUCCUACUGGUCUGAAAUGGGCUAUCGCCGGCCGUUCAGCGGCAAAGAUGGAGCCGAUUGCUCAGGAGCUAAAGAAACUCAACCAGGACCGUGUCCAGCCAGAUGUCCUGGUGGUCCAGCUUAAUCCGGCAGAGCUCAAUGAGCUGGCCAAGAAGACUAAAAUCAUCAUCAACUGCGUUGGCCCCUACCAUCUGUACUCAACCCCGGUUGUGGAGGCUUGUGCUACCAAUGGGACCCACUACCUGGAUGUGACCGGAGAGACGCCCUGGAUUAGGGAAAUGAUUGAGAAGUAUCAUGAAACGGCCAAGAGCAACGGUGCAAUUAUCAUUCCUUCGGUUGGUGUUGAAAGCGCUCCUGCCGAUAUGCUGGCCUGGGCCUUGGUCAAGCGCAUUCGAUCUGACUACUCCUCCGGGACCCGGUCCAUCGACAGCUGCAUCAAGGAGCUGAAGUCCUCCGGCGCCAGCGGUGGCACCCUCGCCACGAUCCUGGGCAUUUUUGACUCGCUUCCAAUCUCCGAGCUGCUCAAGUCCGCCAAUCCUUUCUCCCUGGCCGCUUCCGCCCCACCCAAGGACAUCCCUGGCGAUUCUAUCCUCCAGAAGCUUCUGGGUGUGCGCUCGAUCAGCGACCUGGGCACAGUGACCACCUCGCCCAACGGUCUGGCCGACAUGACCAUCGUGCAUCGUAGCAGCACUCUGAUGCCCGAGUUCUACGGCAAGCGGUUCUUCUUCCACCAGUUCCUCCACGUGCGCAACACCUUCAUUGGCGCGCUGGUGCACGUCGCCUGCGUCUUCGCCCUGGGUUUCCUGAUGAUCCCGCCUGUGCGCUGGGUACUGCGCAAAUUUAUCUUCGCGCCCGGACAGGGACCGACUCGGCAGGCGUCCCGAAAUGAUCGUCUUGAGUAUCACGCCGUCGCUACUGCAGACCAGGAUGUCCCCUCUCCCCGUCGUGUCUUCGGGACAGUCACCUACGAGGGAAGCAUGUACGUGCUUACUGGUCUGCUCAUUUCCGAGGCUGCCAUGGUCAUUCUGCAGGAAGAGGAGAAGGUGAAGAAGACCUCACGUUGUGGUAUCGUCACCCCUGCUACCCUGGGUCAAGACUACGUCGAUCGCCUGAGCAAGGUCGGAGUCAACAUCGACACCCGCGUUUUCCAAUACUAA